AAAUGGCAAAACGAUGCGGUUGGGUGAACGAAAUCACUGGGAUUUUGGCGUUUGUAGUGGCGUUAAUUUACGCUUGUCGUCCUCCAACAGGGCCCACUUGCUCAAGCAACUGCUUGUGCCCCGGUUUCAACGACGUGUCUUCGUGCGCCUACAAAGGCUCGCUGUUGGUGUUUCCAUCCGCCCUGGCUUUGGGGAUGUUGUUGAAGUGUCACUUCGAAUCCCAGGCGAAGGCGGUGCAACUUCGCUGGCAGUACGAUCGGGAGAUGUAG